AUGUCGUCGUCAACAACCACGGACUACUCCAACAUCCCCACCCCGGCCGCCGCCUACGCCGACUUCUGCCUCAUCCCCGUCGGCACCGGCAGCGUCUCCGUCGCGGCCGAGGUCGCGCAGGUCCAGCGCCUCCUCAAGGCCAGCGGGCUCAAGUACACGAUGCACUCGGCCGGCACGACCGUCGAGGGGAGCUGGGACGACGUCUUCCGCGUCAUCGGACAGGCGCAUUCCCUCGUCCACCAGAGCGGUGUGGUCAGGAUCCAGUCUUCGAUGCGUGUUGGCUCAAGGACGGACAAGAAGCAGUCUGCCGAGGACAAGGUGAAGCGGGUGGAGGGUAUUCUGUCCCAGGACAAGUAG